CGGAACAUUUCGGCCAUGGCCGAGUUGUUACGAUUGUAUAACGAGGUCUACCUCGAAGCUUUGUCAGAGGAGGCCGAGUUAUUACGAUUGUAUCGAGUUGUUCCCCUUCGCAUAAUUGUUUUCUGUGUCAGUCAACUUUCGUUUUAUUGGAAAGCUGAUGUUCAGGUUGUAGUUGUUGGGGACAACAAUGUUGGGAAAACGUCCAUGUGUAUCACGUUCUCCACCGGCCAGUUUCCAAGUCUCUUUACACCCAUGGAGUGUAAUCGUAUCCCUCACGAGAAAGACAUUGAAGUUGGCAAUGUCACCAUGCAUGUGAAGUGCACAGAUACUGAAGGCCAUGAGGACUAUGAUGACACACGGCCUGAGUCAUAUGAGGACGCCGAUGUCUUUUUGCUGUGUUUUUCUCUCAGUAGCCAUAAUUCACUCAACAGUAUUAAAACCAAGUGGCUCCCGGAACUGCGGAAAUGUAAACCCAAAACUCCAAUUCUUCUUGUGGGAUGUAAAGAAGACACAAGACGAGGCAAGGAGUCUAACAAGGAUAUGGUUACCAAGAAGCAGGGUUUACGGAUGAAAGGCGCUAUUAAGGCUGUGGGGUACACAGAGUGCAGUAGCUUGAAGAAGUUUGCUGUCGAGGAAUGCUUUUUCAAGGCUGUUAAGGUUGCUAGAGGUGAGAAACUGAAAGAGGACAGCUGUGGAUGUGUAAUCUUGUGAAGCGGUCAUGAUAUGGAGUUAGAAAAAGAAAAGGAAACAGAAUUCUGAGGCACACCAACAUUUGAAUACCUUAGCCUGACUGACUAAAAUUAUUAGACUCAGGUUGUUUUGACCACUUAAGUAUUUUGCUAUGUAUUACUAGUUCUGUUUACAUGCAUGGUGUUAAGUCGUCACUUAAAAAAUCUUCAUGGGUUAGCAAACAAACAAAAUUUUAACAAAUAUCUGUUGGAAAAAAAUAUGUGCUCUUACUCUUAGCAUCCUUUAUGUGUGAAUUGAAUGAUUAUUGUUUUAGUAGUCACAGGUAAAGCCUUUUCAGUGUAAUAUGAUUACAAGGAUAUUUCAAACUGAUGUAUUUUGCUUAUGUUUUUGCUAUUAGUAAGCCUUGAACUAUUAAUUUAUUUUAACAAAAAAAAAAGUCUUGCAAAUUCGUUGGGGUUAAAAAAAAUGAUGUAGUAAUAUAACAUAGAUGUAUUUGAACAUUUUGAAAAACAUAUCAAUAUCAAAUGAUAUGUUGUAACAUGAAAUUUAUUUCAUAAAAAAUAUUCACAAAAUAAGAAAAUUGAGUAGUCGAAAUAAAACAAAAUGUUGCGUCGGUAGCUGAGAUCGAAUUGGGGCGUUUUCGGUAUACAACCGGGGAAUAUAACCAUUUCACCUUAGUGGCGGAUGACUGUCAAAGGGUUUAUGAAAAAUAUAAACAUUCGUAAUUUUGAAAGAAUUUGUGAACAUAAAUACACAGGUAAAAUAAAGUAUGUGCCUUUAAGAGAUAAUAUAUGUUUAUUAGAAAAACACACUCUAUUUUUGGUGUUCACAGUCACUUUUUAGCUUGCCUGUUUUUCAAAGUAUUGUUAUAGCCUUGGUCAUGUUGUUGGCAUUGUUGUGCAAAAACCGUAACUCAAAAAAGGUAAACAAUCUUGUACACAUGUUACAAGUGACAAAAGACACAAUUCCCAUAACUUUAACGUCAAUAGUUAUCGUGUUAUGCCCCUUAUGCACCAGUCAAUUGUAACUACAGUCCCCCCAGGUCCGGGGGUAUACCCGGGAUAGCUGGGGAAAUGGGCCGUUUUUUUACCUUUCAGGUGGCCCCGCAGUGCCGGGCCAAUGUGGUGGUUUUGUCUUUGCACAAAAUAUAGCGGGGAAUGGCCAAACCGAAGGUCCCUUGGGUGUGGGGACAUUUGGCGGUUUUUACCAUCAGUUCAUCACCGCAUGGCGGGGAUUUUAGCCGGGGUUGGCUGGACCGUAAGUCAAAGUCCCCGCUAUUCCCCGCACCUGGGGGGACCGUAGUUACAAUUGACUGGUGCAUUAUGUGACUGGCAAACAAGUGUUAGCAUGGCUCUGCGGUGUUCUUGUUCUAUUUAUUUUCUUGCCAGAUAUAUAAUUUAUAUAAACUAAAUUAAAUUUCGUAGUUUUUUUUUAAAGCUGCACUCUCACAGAUGUACCAUUUUUACAAAUUUUUAUGCACAUGAAAGUGGGCAUAUUAAAAUCGCACUGUCCAACCAACCGUGUGUCCGGCUCAAUAACUCUUGUCCGGGCUGUAACUUUCUCUUGUGACACAUGUGUUCGACAUACCAAGUUGACGUUUCGUGUUGUGCAAGACCUGUGUCCCUACCUUUAAGGUCAAGGUCACACUAAGUGUUAUCCACAAUGGAAUGCCGCAUAUAUAACGACAUAGAGUAUAGGUUGUCGUAUCAGGGCUGUUACUUUCUCUUGUAUGGACAUAUUUUAAAGUAACUUGCCACAUGUGUUUGAUAUACCAAGACGACGUGUAGUGUGCAAGACCAGUGUCCCUACCUCUAUGGUCAAGGUCACACUUAGUGUUUAUUCAUAACUGAAUGCUGCAUAUAAGUACAUAGAGUAUAGGCUAUCGUGUCUGGGCUGUGACUUUCUCUUGUAUGGACAGAUUUUAAAAUGACUUGCCACAUGUGUUCGACAUACCAAGACGAUGUGUCGGGUGCAAGACCCGUGUCCCUACCUAUAAGGUCAAGGUCACACUUAGGUGUCUAUUAACAAUGGAACGCUGCAUAUAAGGACAUAGAGUAUAGGUUGUCAUGUAUAUGACAGAUUUACAACAAAAACAUGGCACAUAAGUUUGGCAUAUAAAGAUUGCGUGUCGUAUGCAAGAUCCACAUGCAUACAUCAAAGGUCAGUGUUUUAUCUUUAACUUUUCAUGUUCUGACCUUGUUCAUAGGUCAAUGUCACAUUCGGGGGCAUUCGUCACAUACUGUGACAGCUCUCGUUUUAUUUAUAUGCCCCCCUUUGAAGAAGAGGGGUAUAUUGCUUCGCACAUGUCGGUCGGUAUGUUGGUAGGUCGGUCGGUCGGUCCGUCAGUAGACCAAAGCUUGUCCGACUGAUAACUCAACAAUUCCUGGAUGUAUGAUCAUCAAACUUGAUAUGAAUGUUGGGCCUGACCAGUAGAUGACCCCAAUUGUUUUUGGGGGUCAUCGGGCCGAAGGUCAAGUUCACAGUGACCUUUUAAAGCUUGUCCGAGUGAUAUCUCAACAAUGCCUAGACCUAUAGUCAUCAAACUUGAUAUGGAAGUAGGGCCUGACCAGUAGAUGACCCGUAUUAUUUUGAGGGAUCAUCAGGUGAAAGGUCAAGGUCACAGUGACCUUGAAUGGUAAAAGGUUGUUCGAGUGAUAACUCCACAAUGCCUGCACUCAUGGCUUUCAUAUUUGACUUGGAGGUUGGGCCUGACCAGUAGAUGACCCCUUUUGUUUUUGGGGGAUCAUUGGGUAAAAGAUCAAGGUCAAAGUGACCUUGAAUGGUAAAAGGUUGUCCUAGUGAUAACUCCACAAUACCUGCACUCAUGGCCCUCAUACUUGACUUAGAGGUUGGGCCUGACCAGAAGAUGACCCCUAUUGUUUUUGGGGGUCAUCGGGCCAAAGGCCAAGGUCACAAAGACCUUGAAUGGUAAAAUGUUGUCCGAGUGAUAACUCAACAAUGCCUGCACCCAUGGCCCUCAAACUUGACUUGGAGGCUGGGCCUAACCAGUAGAUGACCCCUAAUCUUUUAAGGGGUCAUCGGGCCAAAGGUCAGGGUCACAGUGACCUUGAAUGGUAAAAGGAUGUCCGUGUGAUAACUGGACAAUGGGUGCACCCAUGGCCCUUAAACUUGACUUGGAGGUUGGGCCUGACCAGUAGAUGACCCCUAUUGUUUUUGGGGGUCAUAAGGCCAAAGGUCAAGGUCACAGUGACCUUGAGUGGUAAAAGGUUGUCCGUGUGAUAACUAGACAAUGCCUGCACCCAUGGCCCUCAAACUUGACUUGGAGAUUGGGCCUGACCAGUAGAUGGCCCCUUUUGAUUUUAGGGGUCAUUAGGCCAAAGGUCAAGGUUACAGUGACCUUGAAUGGUAAAAGGUUGUCCGUGUGAUAACUCAAAAAUGCCUGCACCCAUGGCCCUCAAACUUGACUUGGAGGUUGGGCCUGACCAGUUGAUGACCCCUAUUUAUUUUAGAGGUCAAAGGUCAAGGUCACUGAUCUUGAAAACAAACUCGACAAUUCCCGGACCUAUGGUCAUCAAACUUGACAUGAAGGUUGGGCCUGACCAGUAGAUGAACCCUCUUGACUUUGGGGUUCAUCGGGCCAAGGUCAAGGUCACAGUAACCUUUAAUGCAAAAAAGUUAACACAUUUUCUCCCAGUGAUAUCACAACAAUGACUUAACCUAUGACCAUCAAACUUGACAUGGAAUUUGGGCCUGACGAGGAAAUGACCCUUAUUGAUUUUAGGAGUCAUUGGGCCAAAGGUCAAUUUCACAGUGACCUUGAAUGCAAAAAUGUUUCGAGUGAUAACUCGACAAUGCCUGCAUGCACCCAUGACCCUCAAAUCUGACUUGUAGAUGACACCUUAUGAUUUUAGGGGUCAUUGGGUCAAAGGUCAAGGUUACUGUGACCUUGAAUGAUAAAAGCUUGUCUGUGUGAUAACUUGUCAAUGCCUGCACCCAUGGCCCUCAAAUUUGACAUUUAGAUUUUUGGUGACCAGCUGAUGACUCCUAUGGAUUUGGAGGUCAAAGGUCAUGGUCAUAACACACUCUAUCCUCACACUUUGAAUGGUCAUUAUCUUAAAACUGCCUUAACGGCAUCCAAUGUCAGUGACAAAUUAGCUGUCAUUUCUGUCAAUGCAUAUUUCAUUCAAUUGUCCAUAUAAUCCUGACAACAUGGCACUCAGGGGGGCAUAAUGUUUGACAAACAUCUCUUGUUUGUCUUAGGAUGAGCAAACUUUUGCGUAAAUAUCUCCAAACCAGUGAUACAAGACUGCUUACAAAGGCUCAGAUCGCAGAUAUUCAUAUUUUCGUUGAAAAUUAAUGUUUUAUGGCUUAAAGCAUUACUAACGGUUUAAGAAAAAUGCAUUAAACAUCAAUUUUUGAACUUAAAUAAAAAUCUGCGAUAUGUUUUUUGUCAGCAGCCUUAUAAUAUUAUGACUGGUUUCGGUGCAUUUUCGCAUAGAUUGGCUCAUCCCAAGACAAAAAUUUAAAAAGUUGUCAAAACGGCCAAUCUGUGAGAGGGCAGCUUUAAUGUCUCUAAUUGAAAUACAUUCCCCAUUUAUAUUAUGUAAAUUCUCUAAUAUGAAUCAUUCUAUGCAUGCAUUAUAUUAAUACAUAUUUGCGCUUUCCAUUUUAUUUGUUAUGUUGUAUAAAAAAUUGUUUAAAAAAUGUUCAGAUUUUAUCCAGUUAUCUGAUUGUUGUAAUAUUUUAGUAACCUUUACAGGAAAAGUGAUUGGUGCAAAAUGGAACUUAAGAUAAAUGAUAAAUUUAAAUCAAAGUCUGUGUGCAAUAUUUCAAUGCUGUUUUAAGCUCAUGCUUCAGCAUCCGGUAUAAGUUUGCAAAUCCGGUUUACUUGCAAACUUAGUUUUUUUAUUAUCUUAGAUAUCAACUUCAAAAGCGACACAUAGAAAGUUUGUCCAUUAAAUUAGAAAUAUUUUAAGUAAAAUUAAAAAAAAAGUUUUAAGAAAUAUGAAAAUUUUAAUUCCAAAAUUGAUUUCUCCCGUUGGCCACCAAUUGGAUUUUAGGUCCCCCGCGGGAUUUUGGCAAACUCCAAUUGGAGAAU